CGCCAUGUCCGCGCGGCGCGCGCCUCCUUCAGGCCUUCAGGGACGGACCGGCGCCCCGCAUCUUAUAAAACGGCGAGCAGGCCGGCGAGGGGCAUCACUCGGCCGACGACGCCACACCCCGCACGUCGACAUGGAGAGCAAGCAGAAGCAGAUGGUCUGGGCCCUCGCCGCGCUGUGCCUGCUGGCCGCGGUGCACGCCAAGCCCGUGGAGGACGACGCGGAGAAGCUCGUGCGCGCCAAGAAGCAGACCGCCUCCACGUACCCCUACGACCAGCAGGGCUACAACGUGUACACGGCGGGUGGCCGGUACAACCCGUCGGCGUCCGGUGCCUACGGCGCCUACGGCUCUAACCCCUACGGCUCCAACGCGUACGGCUCCAACGCCUACGGAUCCAACCCCUACGGCUCCAAUGCCUACGGAUCCAACCCCUACGGCUCAUCUGCCUACGGGUCCCAGGGCUACAACCAGGGCUACAACCAAGGCUACAACAACCCGUACAGCAGCCAGUACAGCAGCCAGUACCCGACGGGCCGCUCCUACUCCCCGACCGGGAUGGGCGGCUACAACCCCUACAGCCAGUCCAGCCAGGGCUACAACGGCUACAACCAGGGCUACAACAGCCAGUACAGCCAGUACCCCAGCGGCUCCGGCUACAACAACCCCUACUCGCGACAGGGAUCGGGCUACAACAGCGGCUACAGCUCCAACCCCUACAGCAGCAGCCCCUACAGCAGCAACCCCUACGGCAGCAACUCCUACAGCAGCAACCCCUACAGUGGCGGCAGCUACUCGCAGAACUACUAGGCGGUGCCGCGCCCGUGCAGUGACUGCAUGCUUCGAAAAGACACGCCGCGGGACGGCGCUGCCAACCUGAGGGAACGAGCACUGAAGGCUGCGCCGCUGCCAACAUCACAGUACGGCGACACUCUGCUCGUCGAGUGGGGAGACUCGUGUUCCUUGCAGCAGGUGGCGAUGACAACCAGUAUACUAGGCUAAGGAAAUCUAGCUCUAAGGGCGAACUCUGCUUUGAGAAGAGGAAGCCGAAGCCAUUUUUGCAAACUCGAAUUUGACGCCGACUGCAAAAAAAAUCGGCCUUGAAUUGGCGUCGGGUUUCGCUUCUCUUGCCAGCGGCCGAGUCACGCCUGCCGAUGUUACGACGUAUUUUUCUCAUCUUUUACGGCUAUGUACAUAACGAAAUAAAAUCGACUUUUUAAGUUUGA